AUGAAGGUCAGCAGAAAGGUGUCUUCUAGCCGCAGGAAGUCCCGCAAGGCCCACUUCACCGCGCCCUCGUGCAAGAGGCGCAUCAUCAUGAGCGCCGCGCUCUCGAAGGAGCUGCGCCAGAAGUACAAGGUCACCCAGGUCUAUCGUAAGAAGUGGAAGAUCUACAUCGAGCGCAUCACCACCGACAAGAACAACGGCGAGAGCGUGCAGGUGGGCAUCCACCCCAGCAACGUUAUCAUCACCAAACUUCGCAUGGACAAGGAUCGCCACCGCAUCCUCGAGCGCAAGGGACAGGCGGCCAUGAAAUCUAAGUACACUGAGUCCGACGUUAAGGCUUAG